AUGGAAUCUGAGGGAGUGUCACUACCAUUGUUUCACAAGCAUCCUAUGAUCCCUUGGAAUGAUCUGAGGAGAGGUGACUGUUGUGAAUACUUUGAAUCUCAGAGCGAUGGCUACUAUUGUAAACUCUGUGAUUUUUUCGUGCACAAGAAAUGUGGCGACGAGGAACUCUCUGAAUUUAUGGACCACCCAUAUCAUCCCAAUCACACUCUCCAUCUUCGUCCACAUAUUCAAGUUCAAGGUAUUAAUAAAACCCUAUGUGAUUUAUGUGAUAGGAGAAUCUUGUUUCUAUCCUAUCGUUGUGAUAUGUGUGACUUCGACUUGGAUCUACGCUGCCUCAAGUACACACCACCAGAAGUUAUUGACAAUUCCAAGAAGCACCACCACAAGCUCACACUUGUCAAGGAACGGACUAAAAUCGACUGUUGUACUAAAUGCGGGAAGGCUGGUCGUGGAUAUCCAUACAAAUGUGAUGAAUGUGAAGAUGUAGCUUUCCAUGUGGAUUGUGUAUGGCACCCACCAUCAGUAGAGCUAAAUCACUCACCAGAGAUAAACCACUCUUACCACUCUUUACAUCAUCCUCUUAAGCUCCUCACGGGUCCACCACCUGAUUAUUCUGAUGGAAUAUGUCGUCUUUGCGGAAGAAACGUUGAUGAAGAUUUGUUUUAUCAUUGUUCUUCUUGUGAUUUCACUUUGGAUAUGCGUUGUGUUUUGAAUCCGCCACCAAAAACUGUUGUGGAUUUGAAAGCUCAUGAUCACCAACUCACCCUUCUUCCAAGACUCGAUUCUUUUACUUGUAAUGCUUGCGGCCUCAAGGGAGAUCGAAGCCCUUACAUAUGUGUUCCAUGUUGUUUCAUGAUCCAUCAACACUGUCUUUCCCUUCCACGUGUCAUUAACAUCAAUCGUCAUGAUCACCGUGUUUCUCGUACUUCGGUUCUUGGUGACGGUGCUAUGAAUUCUGUGUGCGGAGUUUGUCGCAAGAAGGUGGACUGGAAAUAUGGGGGAUUUUCUUGUCUGAGGUGUCCUCCUGGCUAUGUCGUUCAUUCGAGAUGCGCUACCAGAGAUGAUGUAUGGAACGGGAAAGAACUUGAAGGAUUACCUGAAGAAGAAGAAGAAGAAGAUAUAGAACCAUAUGUGGUGAUAGAUGACAACACUAUACAACAUUUCAGUCACAAAGAACAUCACCUAAGACUCCAUGGAAAUGGUAUUUUGUAUGAUGACAACAAACGGUGCAGCGCAUGCACCCAUUCCAUAUGUCUCCAAUCCUUUUAUGGAUGUCUGGAUUGUGAUUUUUUUCUCCAUCAGAGCUGUGCUGAAUGUCCUAAAAAAAGAAGGCAUGUCCUACACAAUGAUCGGCUCACUUUAGUUACAAAAAAUGAGCCAGAUGCCUUCGUUUGUUAUGCUUGCCAACGAUUUUCCAAUGGUUUCAUGUACAAGCAUGGUGAUACAACCUUUGAUGUCUUGUGCGGUUCAAUUUCAGAGCCAUAUGUCCAUCUAAGUCAUCCCCAACAUCCCUUAUAUUACAUUCCAACAAAAGAAGAUCACAUAUGCAAUGGUUGCAACGGGAAAUGGAGAUCAAAUGUCCUCAGGUGCAUUGAAAGUGAUUGUGGAUUUUUAUUGUGCUUCAGAUGUGCCACUAUACCACAAUUGGUAAAGCACAGAGUAGAUGAUCAUCCUCUCUCACUAUGCUAUGGCGAAGAAGAAGAAGAAGAGGCAAGUGGUAAAUACUGGUGUGACAUUUGUGAAAAAGAAACCAAUCCAAAGGAAUGGUUCUACACGUGUAAAGAUCACUUGGCUAGUUUGCAUACAAAGUGUGUGCUCGGAAACUUUACAGGGUUGAUGCCUAAAAGCGUAACAAAGUUGUGGUACCAAUCGUAUGAGGUGGUGCUCAAUAAAAGUGUAACUCGCCCAUUUUGCAGCUCGUGUAAGUCUCGUUGCAUGUACCCUAUCAUCCUCAAGUUACUUGGAAGAACCUCGGAGACAUACACUUGCUCUUCUUAUUGUAUAGUUCCUUAAGAAUUUUCUUGUAAACUAUUAUAGUCUUUUUAGAUGUAGAAGGAAAUCUGAAGUUAAUUACCAUGGACUUUGUCGUAUAAGUAGCUUCUCAAUAAUUCAACAAAAC